UGUAAUGCUUUGCAGUACCUCUGCGUGGCCCUUCAUCUGCUGCUGCAGAGAGAAGACCGACGUCCUAGCUAACAGCUGUGGUCUUUUGACGAACACCUCACUCCUGUCUCCGGGAUUAAAGGAGAAACCGAAGCCUGAGUGGGCUCGGCUACCUCCUGCAGCUCGCGUAGCUACUGCAGCGGUGGCAGGUAGAAAGACUGUUGCAUCAACUCACUGAAGCAAUAACCUCACUCUUUGUCUUUUAAACUUCAUCAACAAUGAAGCAAUGAUAUCUGAGAAAAAGAACAUUUGCCGACUGUCAUCACAAUUUCAAGUAAUUGUGAAAGCAAAAACAAGCUGCAACAGACCCAUGUGUCAGCUAGUAUAAAGAGAAUGGUUUAUUCAAAAACAAUUUCAGUAUAGUGCUUUAUAUCCAUAUCAAAUGAAAUAAAAAUGAGUGAAGCCCCCAGGUUCUUUGUUGGGCAUGAAGAUACAGAAAUAAACUCAGGAAAUUAUCGACAUUUCUUCCACCAUGCAGAUGAAGAUGAGGAGGAAGAGGAUGAGUCUCCACCAGAGAGGCAGAUUGUGGUUGGAAUAUGUUCCAUGGCAAAGAAAUCCAAAUCCAAACCAAUGAAGGAAAUUCUUGAACGGAUCUCCUUAUUUAAAUAUAUUACAGUAGUAGUAUUUGAAGAAGAUGUUAUUUUGAAUGAACCAGUAGAAAACUGGCCUUUAUGUGAUUGUCUUAUUUCUUUCCAUUCUAAAGGAUUUCCACUGGACAAAGCAGUUGCCUAUGCAAAACUCAGGAAUCCAUUUGUAAUCAAUGACUUGAAUAUGCAGUAUCUCAUACAAGAUAGGAGAGAAGUAUACAGUAUUCUUCAGGCUGAAGGUAUUUUACUUCCGCGUUAUGCAAUUUUGAACCGUGACCCAAAUAAUCCCAAAGAAUGCAAUCUGAUUGAAGGCGAAGAUCACGUAGAAGUAAAUGGUGAAGUUUUUCAAAAGCCAUUUGUAGAAAAGCCAGUCAGUGCAGAGGAUCAUAAUGUUUACAUUUAUUACCCAACAUCUGCUGGUGGUGGAAGUCAAAGACUUUUUAGAAAGAUUGGCAGUAGAAGUAGUGUUUAUUCCCCAGAAAGCAAUGUACGAAAAACAGGCUCAUAUAUAUAUGAAGAGUUUAUGCCCACUGAUGGUACUGAUGUAAAGGUUUAUACAGUGGGUCCAGAUUAUGCUCAUGCUGAAGCUCGAAAAUCUCCAGCACUGGAUGGCAAGGUGGAACGAGAUAGUGAGGGAAAAGAAGUUAGAUACCCUGUUAUUCUCAAUGCACGGGAGAAAUUGAUUGCUUGGAAAGUCUGCCUUGCUUUCAAGCAAACAGUUUGUGGUUUUGAUUUGUUACGGGCCAAUGGACAGUCCUAUGUCUGUGAUGUCAAUGGCUUCAGUUUUGUGAAAAAUUCCAUGAAGUAUUAUGAUGAUUGUGCAAAAAUACUUGGCAAUAUUGUAAUGCGAGAGCUUGCUCCACAAUUUCACAUCCCCUGGUCAAUCCCCUUAGAAGCUGAAGAUAUCCCAAUUGUACCAACUACAUCUGGAACUAUGAUGGAACUCAGAUGUGUCAUAGCUGUGAUACGUCAUGGGGAUCGAACACCAAAACAAAAAAUGAAAAUGGAAGUGAGGCAUCAAAAAUUUUUUGAUCUUUUUGAAAAGUGUGAUGGAUAUAAAUCUGGGAAACUAAAACUCAAAAAGCCAAAACAGUUACAGGAAGUGCUGGACAUUGCCCGACAGCUUCUUAUGGAGCUGGGGCAGAACGACGAUUCUGAAAUUGAAGAAAACAAGUCAAAACUUGAACAGCUUAAGACCGUAUUAGAAAUGUAUGGCCAUUUUUCUGGAAUAAAUCGUAAAGUCCAACUAACUUAUCUGCCUCAUGGUUGUCCUAAAACAUCUAGUGAAGAGGAAGACAGCCGAAGAGAAGAACCAUCCUUACUCUUGGUUCUAAAAUGGGGAGGAGAACUAACUCCCGCAGGCAGGGUCCAGGCCGAAGAACUUGGAAGAGCUUUCAGGUGUAUGUAUCCUGGAGGUCAAGGAGAUUAUGCAGGAUUUCCUGGUUGUGGUUUACUUAGAUUACAUAGUACCUACCGACAUGACCUCAAAAUAUAUGCCUCUGAUGAAGGACGAGUCCAGAUGACUGCAGCUGCUUUUGCAAAGGGGCUCUUAGCUCUAGAAGGAGAGCUUACACCCAUCCUUGUUCAGAUGGUAAAAAGUGCGAAUAUGAAUGGUCUCUUGGAUAGUGAUAGUGACUCUCUGAGCAGUUGUCAGCAGCGUGUGAAAGCGAGACUUCAUGAAAUACUUCAGAAAGACAGAGAUUUUACUGCUGAAGAUUAUGAAAAGCUUACUCCGUCUGGGAGCAUUUCUCUUAUCAAAUCAAUGCAUUUAAUUAAAAAUCCUGUGAAGACCUGUGACAAAGUUUAUUCCUUGAUACAAAGUUUGACUUCUCAGAUCAGACAUCGAAUGGAAGAUCCCAAAUCAUCAGAUAUUCAGCUUUACCACAGCGAAACAUUAGAGCUUAUGCUACGUAGAUGGUCCAAGUUGGAAAAAGACUUUAAAACAAAGAAUGGAAGAUACGACAUUAGUAAAAUCCCUGACAUAUAUGACUGUAUAAAAUAUGAUGUCCAGCAUAAUGGCUCCUUGAAAUUAGAAAAUACAAUGGAAUUAUAUAGGCUUUCAAAAGCAUUAGCAGAUAUUGUUAUCCCUCAGGAAUAUGGUAUAACUAAAGCUGAAAAACUGGAGAUUGCCAAAGGCUACUGUACUCCUCUAGUUAGAAAAAUUCGCUCAGACCUUCAGAGGACACAAGAUGAUGACACUGUAAAUAAACUCCAUCCUGUGUAUUCCAGAGGUGUUCUGUCUCCUGAACGUCAUGUCCGUACCAGGUUAUACUUUACCAGUGAAAGUCAUGUACAUUCUUUACUAUCUAUUCUUCGCUAUGGUGCCUUAUGCAAUGAAUCGAAGGAUGAACAGUGGAAACGGGCUAUGGAUUACUUAAAUGUUGUCAAUGAACUCAAUUACAUGACUCAGAUUGUUAUCAUGCUUUAUGAGGAUCCGAACAAGGAUCUUUCCUCGGAGGAACGCUUUCAUGUUGAAUUACAUUUUAGUCCCGGAGCUAAAGGAUGCGAAGAAGACAAAAAUUUACCAUCUGGGUAUGGAUAUAGACCAGCUUCAAGAGAGAAUGAAGGCAGGAGAUCUUUUAAAAUUGAUAAUGAUGAUGAACCACACACUUCUAAAAAAGAUGAGGUUGAUCGUGCUGUGAUACUGUUCAAACCAAUGGUAUCAGAGCCAAUUCAUAUACACAGGAAGUCUCCACUUCCAAGAUCUAGGAAGAUGGCUACAAAUGAAGAAGAGAGCCCCCUGAGUGUGUCUAGCCCAGAGGGUACUGGUACCUGGCUGCAUUAUACCAGUGGUGUGGGUACUGGGCGUCGAAGACGCAGAUCAGGGGAACAAAUCACUUCUUCCCCUGUCUCCCCCAAAUCAUUGGCUUUCACAUCCAGUAUUUUUGGCUCAUGGCAACAGGUUGUAUCUGAAAAUGCUAAUUACCUGCGAACACCAAGAACUCUUGUGGAACAGAAGCAGAACCCUACUGUAGGGUCUCACUGUGCGGGCCUGUUUAGCACCUCGGUGCUCGGGGGUUCCUCAAGCGCACCUAACCUACAGGAUUAUGCUCGUACUCAUCGUAAAAAGCUGACUUCUUCUGGCUGCAUAGAUGACGCCACACGCGGUUCUGCUGUUAAAAGGUUUUCUAUCUCAUUUGCUCGACACCCAACCAAUGAACACCUACACCUCUCUAGGUGCUGGUCCGUUUCCUCUGUGGAGUGUCUAGGCUCCAGUGGCUUUGAAUUGUAUUCCAUGGUGCCAUCUAUUUGUCCUCUAGAAACUCUUCACAAUGCCCUGUCUUUAAAGCAGGUGGAUGAAUUUCUUGCUUCCAUUGCUUCUCCAUCAAGUGAAGUUCCACGGAAGACCCCUGAAAUUUCCUCUUCAGCUUCACGUUCCAGUCCAGUAGUGAGAAGAAAAAUAUCUUUAAAUACAUACACACCUGCGAAGAUCCUCCCAACACCACCAGCUACCUUAAAGAGUACGAAAGCAAGCAGCAAGCCAGCUACCAGUGGACCUUCUAAUGCAGUUGUUCCUAAUACCUCAUCUCGAAAAAAGACUGUAGCUUGCAAAACAGAAAUGCAUGAACACAAAAAAACCACUGGGAAAAAGAAAUGAAAUCUUAGCAGAAGCUGAAACUCCAUAUAUCAAAGUCAUGCUGUUUGAUAGAAAAAGACACCUCGUAAACCUUGACUGAAAACUGUCAAAGCAAGUAAUUGAUAUUUCUCCUUAUACACCUCUGUAUUCAUUUUAAUAUAUGUUAAACCUAGAGAAUUCUGUGUAUAUAUUCAAGUAAGGACCUUUUCUCAUGUCUUGACAUGUUUGUAACAAUGUUUGUUAACAUUUUAGUGAAACUGAUGGUAGUGAAGGUCUGUCGUUGUUAGUACUACGUUUGCCCUGUGCCCUCGGUAAGGAAAAGGACAGAGGGCUCGGCGAGCGUGUGCCGGGGACUCACCGGUAAUGCUGUUUUCUCAAGAACCUGUGAGGUGAUCUCUGUACACACGUCCAUUUUCAUGGGAUUGUAUGUUAGUUGUAAAAAACCCAUAGCUUGAGUUGGAAUUUGACAGUCAGGAUUAUAUAUUACACAUUUUUAAAGUAUAUUUCCAAAGAAAUUUCAUUGACCAUUUAGAUUAGAAACUUUUCUCCUCCAAUUGUUAGAAUUACAUAUAUGCUGCAAUAUUUAAUAACUGGAGUAUUAGCAUAUGGGUUAUUUUUUCAAUAUGUGCUUUGAGGUUUUUUUAUUGUGUGUUAUUUAAAAUAUUACGUAUACAGCUGGGGUGACUAUACCUGUAUGUGCAUAAAUUUAUAUUAAUUUGUAGAAAAUACUUGCUUUAUAUAUUUCCUUAUCAUAAGGUGCUUUUGCUCAUCAGGAAAAUACUGCUUUGUGUAUGGGGAAGAAAGACAUCUUUAGAAUUUCUUUUUAAGAGAUAUAAUUGAUAGGUUUAUAAAUGUUACAUUUACUUUCAGUGUUCUUUUUAGAUCUAAGGAAAUCAAUUCAAAAAUGGGUAUCAUCAGAGUGAGAAGAAUGUCCGAAUUCCAUAGCUAGUAGAUACUAUGUAUAGCACCUCUUUUUAGCAUUUCCAUUCUUAUCCCUAGUGUAUCGGUUGAUCUCAGUAAGAAAGCUUAAAGUUUGAACAUUGGAAAGAAAUACUCUUUUCAGAUGAUUAGAUUUUGAAAGGAAAUUGAGAUCAUUGUUGUGUGAUUUCAGCUAGGAUGUGAAAAAAUAUUUAUUAUAUUGGUGCUUUUUUACCCCCCAGUGCACAAAUAAUUAUAAACCACUUGAAUGACUUAAACUGUAAACCAAACAGUACAACCUGGUAAGAAUUCCAUGCAUUGCCAGUCUGGUAACUUAACUUGCUAAAGCUUUACUUUGAAGCUUAUAUUUAGGAAAUUAUUGAAUUCUCAUAUGAACACAACUAUUUAAACUCUGCAGGAGUCUCUCCUAACUUUAAAUCAUCAUGUAUGAAUUGACAUUUAGAAAAUAAGAAUAUUAUUUGUUAGUUUUAAAAGGUACCAGAUGCAAAAGUCACAAAUAUAUACAAUUAUAUAAGUUCAUAUACUUCACGUGAAUGUACUUGUAUUAUAUGGAGACAUAUCUUGUAAACAGUUGAAUGUACCUAAGCUUUCUGUAUGUGAAAAUGUUAAUGUGCUCAGUGUGGGAGUAAGAAACUACUUUUAUUUUUUAAGUGGAACUUAAUUAAAAUAUUUCUUUCCAGAAUCAGAGAGUGAUUUAAUGGCAAGUUAUUUUUUAUUUCUAUUCUUUAUCUCUUUCCUUUUAGCUUUCAAAGUAGAAAUAAUGAAGAAAACUAUUUGAGUAUUAAACGAUGCUUAUCUCAGAUAUGAAAUAAAACUGCCUGUUGGCCAUAUCUGUUUCCUAGAAAUUAACUACAAAAGUUUAACACAGCUCAUUUUUACCAUUGUUACAGAGGAACUAUGAUUUCACCGUAGUCAUUAAACUCUAAUAUUUUUGUGUAGACUGAUUGGACAGUCUGAUUUGAAAGAAUCUUUGAAUCAUUUUCUAAACCAAUAAAAGUCUUACAUAUCCGACCAAGAAA